GAAAGAGCAGACGGCCACGCAGUGACCAUUUGGGGGAGGAGUGGCGGGGCUCGGGCCUUAGCUCCCGCUGCACGCAGCCAGAGCCAAACUCUCACUUCUUCUCCUCCCCAAAGUCCCUGCGAGCUGCAACCAUGAAAAAGUUGUGAAUCACGCACUAAGUCUCUGCCUCUUUCCACUCCCCCCUACCCAGCCACGGACCUCUCUCUCUCUCUCUCUCUCUCUCUCUCUCUCUCUCUCUCUCUCUCUCUCUCUCUCUCACACACACACACACACACACACCACUAACACACACAAACACACACACUCCUUUCUCUCGAUCCCCUGUUUCUUUCUCUUUUCCUCCCUUGCUUAGCAAGUGGCGCGCACUUGCCCCGGGGGCGCGAGGAUGCUAGGUUACAAAUUGCGGACAUUCAACUUUUAGGGACUACGGGGUGGUUUCUGGGGCUGCGUUUUAGUUGCGGCGCGGGGGGCUGCUGGGCCGCCUGGCGCUCACGGGGCGCGCGAAACUACGAGGGGCCACUGCCGCUGCCCUCUACUGCUGCUGCUACUGCUGCUGCUGCCGCCGCCGCCACCGCUGCCGCCACCGCUGCCGGGCUACUGCUGCUGCUGUGAGCGCAGCCCCGUGCGCUCAUGUCAUUCUGCUGUAAGUGACUUCAUGUGAUGUCAGCUAAAUGUAAAAGACAGUGAUCUCACGCGGAGGGAAGAUGUUGGCGAUCAAAAUGUGACAGUGUAGCCCUGCUGCAUGCCUCGUACGCAUCUCUCUCCUCGGCGCCGGGGGAGAAAGAGUUAGACCGGAGCAACGUCGUUUGGGAGGGAGGCCGGUUCGCCCCCCGCCCCACCCUCCUCGCUCCAGCACCCCUACACCCUUCCUACCGCUGGAACCUGCAGCAACUUUUCCUCGAGAUGGCGAGCUCGACUUCCCUCGAGACCAUGGUCCCGUCGUCCUGUCCCCGGACCGGAGCCUCCACUGCCACGUCCAAGACCUUGGCCUUCUCCAUCGAGAGGAUCAUGGCCAAGACUUCGGAGCCCAAGCCCCCCUUCGAAGCCCGGGGACCCGGGGGCCUGGAGGUGGACGGAGGAGCCAAGAAGAUGCUCAGCCUCUGCUCGUCCUUGCCUUGUAUGAUUCCCAUUCAGCCCCUGGGCUACGAGAUGCCGUCCAAGACUCUGCUCAACUACACCGAGCUUUGGAAGAGUAGCCUCCGGGGCGGCGGCGGAAGCCAUGGAGGAGGAGGAGGAGGAGGAGGUGGUGGUGGUGGUGGUGGAGGAGGAGGAGGAGGAGGAGGUAGCGGCGGUGGAGGAGGAGGUGGCGGAGGUGGUGGUGGCGGUGGGGGCAGCGGGGGCCCCCAGAUCUGCGGUGCCAGCGGCUUGUGCAAAGCUAACUGCGGCAUGUGCUGCAAAGCGGAGCUGAGCCUGGCUCCGUCUGUGCUGCCCACCGGCAGGGUCAUCAAGCCCCAGGUCAUCAACCAGGCCGUGGGGCUGCCGGCCAAUGGCUCCCUCUAUUACUUCAACUACCUGGAAUCUUCGGCGUAUCCCCCAUCGGAACUACUCAAUGGGCACCUCUUCCCCUCCAGCAUCCUCAACGCCCAGUCCCCGGCGUCCCUGGCCGCCCACCAGAAACUCUUCUUGUUGGAGAACGCCAAGCUGGCCACGUUGGCCGCGGACAAGUUCCCUCAUGCCCCCUACCCCCACAAAGAGCGCCUGCCUGGGCAGCUGGACCAGGUCAUGAAAGAGAACACGGCACUGACGGCGGAGCGCAACGGGGCCAAGAGUCACGGCAAACUGUCUGCGAGCUCCGCUGACGGCAAGCCCAAGAACUUCACCUGCGAAGUGUGCGGCAAGGUGUUUAACGCUCACUAUAACCUCACUCGCCACAUGCCGGUCCACACGGGAGCCAGACCGUUUGUCUGCAAAGUCUGCGGGAAGGGCUUUCGGCAAGCCAGUACCCUGUGCAGACACAAAAUCAUCCAUACCCAGGAAAAACCUCACAAAUGUAACCAGUGCGGCAAAGCCUUCAACCGGAGCUCCACGCUUAACACUCACAUCCGAAUCCAUGCGGGCUACAAGCCUUUCGUCUGCGAAUUCUGCGGGAAAGGAUUCCACCAAAAAGGAAACUACAAAAAUCACAAACUGACUCACAGUGGGGAGAAACAAUACAAGUGUACCAUCUGCAACAAGGCCUUCCACCAGAUUUAUAACUUGACUUUUCAUAUGCACACCCACAACGACAAGAAACCUUUCACAUGUGCCACUUGUGGGAAAGGAUUUUGCAGAAACUUUGAUCUAAAGAAGCAUGUGAGGAAACUCCAUGACAGUGUGGCCCCUGGAGCCCCCACCACAAAGGACUUGCCCAGGACGGUGCAGAGCUGAAAGCUGGUAUCUGAGCAGGAUCUGGUUCCCUCUCCCCUCCACACCGCCUGCCCCAGGGAGACGGGAGAGAGACACUGAUUUCUAAGAUUUAAAUAGAUAUAGAUAUAUAUAUAUAUAUAUAUAAACACACACACACACACACACACACACACACACACACACACACACACACACAUAUAUAUACAAAUACAGCAGAGAGGUUAGAUCUAUUUAUCGAGACCAACAUCUAUUUUGGAAAGCUAAACCGUCUCCCUAUGACUAGGGAGCAGAGUUGUGCAAACACACACAUAUACACACCCCCACAUGUGUACAUAAAGGGGGAAACUUAUUUAAAGUGAAGUCCUGGACCUCAGAGCCCCCAAGACAUUUUACUGAGGGUCUGCAGGGUGGGGGGAGGGUAGACUAUCUGAACCUAACUUUUUGACACUGGCUGAAUAUAAACUGUGCCAUGAGCCCAUCCACUUUCUACAUUUCUGUAAAUUUCCAUGUACUGAUUGAUUAAGGAAUAUAUCUAUAUAUGAUUAUAAUAAACCGAUUCCAUUCGGAUGAGACUUCUUUGCCCUCUCCCCAGCUCUGGGAGAGGACGUGGAUGGAAAUGUCUUUCUUCUCUCUCUCUUCCUUCCUUCCUUCCUUCCUUCCUUCCUUCCUUUUUUCCUUCCUUCCUUCCUUCCUUCCUUUUUUCCUUCCUUCCUUCCUUCCUUCCUUCUUUCCUUCCUUCCUUCCUUCCUAUCUUCUUUCAUUUCCCUUUCCUUGCCUUCCAUCAUUUCCCCCUCUUCCUUUUUAUUUUGCUCUUUCUCUUCCUUCCUUCUUUCUCUUCCCUCCUUCCUUCCCUCCUACCUCCCUUCCUGCAGCUGAUGUUCUGACCAUAUUUCUAAAAGUUAUCUUUUGUAUUUUUCAAGCCAGCCGGGAGCUCGAAUGAAGGCAGAAUUGCGAUGGAAACGGAGUGAGAAGAGAAAUCUCCAAACGAUUGUGGGGUGCCCUGGUGUAACUGAGCUGGCACAUUAGUGGGCUGGGGGGCUUCAACUUGCUUUCCCUGUGGUUGGGAGAAGGACUCCCCAAACCCAGGAAUCCUUUGUUUUAUUGUGUUGUGUUGUGUUUAUCCAACGUAUGACCUACAGUGAAACGAGCCUUCCAACGAAAAGGAUAACCGCCAGGGUGCUGAAUUUCCUACGCAGGACCAGGGGCGGAAGGUUUUCGUGUUGGGGGAAAAAUACAGAGUGUACGGGGGCCGGGAAGCACCUGUUUGCUGGACUGCUUGCUCUGCGGGGAAAAGUUUCUUCUGUUUCUCUAGCUGGGGUAGUUGGUGCGGAAAGUGGGAAGAGAGGGAGAAGAGGUGGGUAAUGAGAGGCGGCGCUGAUGGUGCGGGGCAUGUAGGCGCUCCUCUGGUGGGACUGCUACUGUUUCACUGGUGCUGGCCCGCGCGCGUUUCCAGUCUACUCCUUCUAUGUUUAUUGACUUACCUGGGCGUUCGCUUACAGAGCUUGACCUGCUACUCCCGCAGCCCCAGAAAAGAGAGCUUCCAGGGUUGUCUCCAAGGCGGGCCUCCCUCUUCCCCAACACCAUAUGCCCCUGCUGGAUCCAUACUCCCCCCACCCCCACCCCCGCCCCGCCCCGCCAAACAAGGGGAGAGGGACUUUCAUUUCCCUCACUUUUUCUUUUCUCUAUGGGCCAGUGGUGCCCAUAGGCUAACGGGACUGGUGGCCUGGCGCUCAUCCCCAAGGGGGGAAAAUAGCGGGGACAGAGAGAGCAAUGGGGCCUUCUCCAAAUCCGGACGCCACAGCCGGAGACCUGUCGGGCCAAAGAGCCGCCAACCAGUUAGUUCCCUUUCUUCCCCAGUCCCGUCUUCACCUCCCAACUUCCCACCAGCUAUCCAAGCAAAGAUGCUCUCUCUCUAGGGCUCCCUGGAUACAAGAAGGAUGAUGAGGCUCACCUCAGGGCCUCCCCAUCACCAACUCAAUCCGCUUCAGCAACUCCAUCUCCGUCUUACCCUACUCAGUUGCCAUUAAAUAUUAUUAUUCUUUACAAUGACAAUAAUAACUUCACUCCUCUCAUCUUUUUCGAUGGAGUUCAAAUGGAAACGAUCCUGAGCUGUUGCUCUCUUAUUCUUAUCUAACAUUUAAUGUUCAGAAGACUAUUAUUAUUAUUAUUAACCGGGUGUUUAAGCCGGGGGUCCCUCUCCCCACCCCCACCCCCGAAUUAAAGUCGCAUGAAAUGCGGGAUAAUGACGGUUUUCAUAAUCUAACAUGUCACCUUUUGGUCCCUUAAUUAAGACGCAUUUAAACAAUUUCCUGAAUAGCUAUCUGUUUUUUUCUCGAAUGCUGAUGAAAUGAUCUCACGCUCGCUUUCUGAGUAAUGACCCAAAUUAAGAGAGAAAACAGAGACCCUUCAAACCGCAUUACAUUAAUCAUCUAAUCAUUCCCAGGAGGGGGGCCGGCUGCCUGAACCCUUUUUGAUCAGAAUAUGGAUAAUCAAGUACUUAGAUUACAUCAACGGGCGCGCUAGGCAGGCCCCCCUGAGCAGCCCCAGUCCCCCAACCCCCCCACACACACACACCCGACUAUGCAGCCGCCAAUGCCUCCCUCCCCUAUUUUUAAUAUCCAAGCGCCUAUUCAACCCACGUCGUUUGGAACAAUAUUAUUCUAGGGGAGAAAAGGGAUGAGGGUUGCGGUCCGUGUGCGUGCUGCUCAGCCCAAGCUCGCCAAUGAAAAUGGAAAUAAACGCGCCCGGCUUUGUCUGGGGACUGAUUAGAGAGGUUUAAGUGCGUGUGAAGGAGGGAGAAGGGGUGAUAGCGCACCCCACUAGGUUGAGCGGCUGAAAUUGGGGGGAGGGGAAGGGCGUCCAGUCAUUCUCAAUCCCACUCCCUCCUCCCCAAACGGGCUUUAAUUAGAGACUAGAUGGGAUGGGAAAACUAGAUGAGGCAACGCUCUCCAACUGAAAAGUUGAAUCGGAGGAGAGAUGGCUGUUAUGCUCUGUUUUAUAUCCGAGAGGAACCUGGGGUUUGGCUGAGACACACUUGCUGCUGCUGGGCCCCAAUUAAUUCAUCUAUAAAAGAAGGGAGUCGGAUGAAGAGAUCUCUAAAAUCCCCUGGAAGUCUGAAGAGUCUUUGCUCUCUGUCCUAAAUCUGCUUAUGAUCUGGGCCCCAGUUAGUUCAUCUGUAAAAGGAAAGUUGGACUAGAUGAGCUUGUCCUCUAAAGACCCUUUCAGCUCUGAAGCUAUGACCUCUGAUCUCUAAGGUCCUUGGCAAGCCUCAGAAUUUGUGAUCUAAAUCUGCCUAUGUUCUGGGCCCUGAUUUGUUCAACUGCAAAAAGAGUGAACUGGACUGACUACACAAUCUCUAAAUGUCAUCUUCUGUGACCUAGGAUCUGUGAAUCUGCCUGUAAACUGAACCCCUGUAAAAAACAAACAAACAAAAACCAACAACGCUGACUUGACUCUAGGGUCUCUCAGACCUCUUCUUGUAAGUGGAAUAUUAUACUGUAUACUUUGUGAUCUAAAGCUGUCUCAUUCUCUCCACCAUCACCUUUGAUUUGGAAACAAAUACAAAGUUUGAUUUUUUUUCUAUGA